AUGGAAGUUCAAGAUAUUGAAUAAUUUUUGUUAAUUUACUUACCCGAUAUCGAGAUCUUGAAAAGUAAAGCACUUCUUGGAUGUUUAAAAUUUUUAAUACCCAAAAAUUCAUAACAUAAAUUGACAAAAAAGAGAUGUAUAAAUUGUCAACAGCAAAAAUUUCUCAGCUUCGUAAUGAACAUUUCCUAUAUUAAAUCUAAGUAUCGAAGCAACACAAUUCCACCCACAAGUUAUGUGGAAGUUCUCAUACCGAAGAGUGUCAGUGUGGAUGAAUCCGCAUGUAUCAUUUCUGCAAAUCAUUGCCACAGUCAUCCUCCAUCGAUAGAUAGUUUCAUCAUCUAUAUCCUUUUCUUCAUUCUCUUUUCAAAGGAAUCGAGUUGAUAUUUAAGACCUAAGACUCAGAAGGGCCAGCUAGUCACAAAUAAUGCACCAAAUCAGACAGCAAUACGAAUCCUAGCAAAGGAAUUUAAAUGAACCAGCCAAGUAGGUUAAAGCUCAAAAACCCUAAGGGAACCUUAAAACUCAGUGCCAAACUCUCGGCGGCGCAAUAAGCUGCUUGCUCGACAGAUUCUGAACCAAGCGAAGAGCCCACCACAUGAUAACGACAACAAAAGCGAAGAUUGAGGAAAGGAGAACAAGGGAGAAAGGAUACGGUGUCCGGGAAUGGCGAUCUCGAGUAUUGACGGCGAGGGGAUUAGCGUUGCAGAUGGACUCGACCGUGGUGAGGUCCCCGUUCCUCGCGGCGGCGUGGAGAUCGGAAGAUUCGCUGCCCCCCUUCGGUAAUCGGUUCUUCCUCCUCGAUGCCGCUCCGGGGUCUCCCAUCUCCGCGGGGUGUGCCGUCGUGGAGCUUCGAGCGACGAAGGCAGCGGUAAUACAUAGUUGAUUGAAGGCCGAGACCGUUAAGGCCCACAAAUGUGGAGACGUACUUCAAACGAAGAUACCUUGGAUCGUUAGAAUCGGACUAGGUUUCCGAGAGACAUUGGAUCGAGCUGGGGCUUAUCACCCGCAUCUUUCCUUCUUGGAUUAGGAUUAUAGCUCGAUUCGGAUAGGAUUCCGAAUCGAACUGGGGUUCGGACACUCUGCCUGUUAUAUAAGGACGUGACCUUUGGACUUGUCACGAAUCACUCCUCUCCGACGCUCUUCUUCGCUCCACACUGUUGUAUCGUCGCGUGGAAAGAUGUCUUCGCAACGAGGAGGAGGAGGAGGAGGGCGGCAAUAUUUGGUGGUGCGCUCGGUUUGGGCGUGGAACUUGGAGUACGAGUUCUCCAUCAUUGCUUCCCUCGUGGAUCGCUUCUCUUACGUCGCCUUCGACACGGAGUUUCCCGGCUUCCUCUACAGAACUCGGAGGCCACACCGUCUUCUCCCGCCCAGCCUGCGCUAUGCCCUCCUCAAGGCCAACGUCGACAAGAUGGAGCUCGUCCAACUCGGCCUCACCCUCUUCGACGCCUUCGGCGGCCUCCCCGACAUCGGCACCGGCGGCAGGGUCGGGUUCGUGUGGGAGUUCAACUUCCGGGAAUUCGAUGUCCGACGCGACCUCCACGCGCCGGACUCCGUCGACCUGCUCCGCUCCAGUGGCAUCGACUUCGACCGGCUCCCCCUCUACGGCAUUGACUCCGGCCAGUUCGCCGCCCACCUCUAUCGAUCCGGCCUCGUCGCUCAUUGCCGUUUCUGCCGCCCGCACUCCACUCGAUGGAUCGCCUUUCACAGCUGCUACGACUUCGCCUAUCUCAUCAAGGUGCUGGGGUUCGGCCGGCCUCUGCCCGACACCCUGGAAGAGUUCCUCGGCCUGGUGAACUUGCUCUUCGGAGAGACUGUGGAUCUCAAGCACAUUAUGCGCGGCUGCAAGGGUCUCUCCGGCGGGCUGGAGAGAGUGGCGAGUACCCUCGGGGUGCCACGCCAAGCUGGGAAGUCGCAUCAAGCUGGAUCAGAUAGCUUGGUGACCUGCCAAGUCUAUCUGAAGAUGAAGCGGAGGUUCUUCGACGACCAAGACGCCAAGGUGGCCUGCCAUCGCGGCAUCAUCUACGGCCUACAAGCCUGCUGAAUUCCUCCUUCGUUCUUGGAGUUUGUCAACGCAGCGCAGUGAAGGUCGUCGAUUCUCAAAGCAAGUCAACUCAAAUAUGAUCUUUCUCUUUUUCUUUGUGCACAAAUGUCGAAUGUUUCAACGUAAAUAAUAUACAAAUCAAGUCGUCUGUCAAAUUCGGAUGUGAAAAUUGAUUGCUGCUUGUGAUGUAUGGUAAGAAUCCGAAGAUUGUUGGAUAUGCACCACAUCGAUCUGUGCUCUGUUAUUUUCUGGCUCACAGUUCUUGGAUAAACUGAUAGCUUUCAAAUUGGGCAAACAACAUGAUAUGUUGAUGGCCGAAGAGAGGAAGUUCCCGUACAAGG